UUACCGGGCGCAGCCCCGAGGGAGGAGGGUGUGCUGCAGUCCCGGCGGCGGCGGUGGGAGCUGGAGGUGCAGCCUCCCAGGUGGGAGGCGGGGGCUGCGGGCGCAGGAAAAGGCGCCUGAGGAGCGGGCGCUCAGCGGGGCCUCCUCCGGCCCCGGGCGCGGCACGGCGAGGGGGAGUGAGCGCGCCGGGAGCACGCAGGCGCCCUGCUCCGGCUGGCCCUUGGCCGACGCGCGGCGCGGGAGCACCCGCAGCCCGCCCCACGCCCCCCGCAGCCCCGGGCCCCCGCGGCCGGCCGUCGGGAGCGGCCCCUCCGCCGUGAGCGCGGGCCGCCGGCCCGGAGAGUCCGCGGCGACAGCGGCGGGACGGCUACGGGGCCGCCCCCAGCGCGCCCUCCCGCCCGCGGCCGCUCGCAGUCGGCGCUGGCCCGGCCCGCGCGCCCCGCAGGCAGCCGGAGCGCGGCCUCGGCCUCCCCGGGAGCGUGCCCAGGGCCGCAGCCCGCGGGAGGAGGCGCCGGCAGCCGCGGGCGCUGACGGCGUCGCGGGGUGCUCCCGGGCGGCGGCGCGGCGGCGGCGGCGCAAGGGGCGGAGGCAGGGGGCGCCCCCAGCCAGGAUGCUGCGGUUCCUACGCCGGACCUUUGGCCGCCGCUCCAUGCAGCUCUACGCGCGGGGCGCGGCAGGGCGCGGGGCCGCCGGGCUGGGGGACGAGCGCGACGGGGGGCCGCGGGGGGGCCCGGCCGCCGCCGCCGCCUCCUCGCCGCUGCCCGCCGCGCCCGGGGGCAGCGUGUUCCCGGCCGGCGGAGGACCCCUGCUCACGGGCGGCGCGGCCGUGCACAUCUCUGCCGCCGGCGCUGCCAAGGCCACCCUCUACUGCCGCGUCUUCUUGCUGGACGGGACCGAAGUGAGCGUGGAUCUGCCGAAACAUGCCAAAGGCCAGGACCUGUUUGAUCAGAUCGUGUACCACCUGGACCUCGUGGAAACAGACUACUUUGGCCUCCAGUUCCUCGACUCUGCCCAGGUCGCGCACUGGCUGGAUCAUUCCAAACCCAUUAAAAAGCAGAUGAAAACUGGACCUGCUUAUGCUUUGCACUUUCGAGUUAAAUAUUAUUCUUCAGAACCAAACAACCUUCGUGAAGAGUUUACAAGGUACCUGUUUGUUUUACAACUCAGGCAUGACAUUCUUUCAGGAAAAUUGAAAUGCCCAUAUGAGACGGCUGUGGAAUUAGCUGCUCUCUGUCUACAAGCGGAGCUUGGGGAAUGUGAGCUUCCAGAACACACCCCAGAGCUUGUGUCUGAGUUUCGGUUCAUUCCAAAUCAGACAGAAGCGAUGGAAUUCGAUAUCUUCCAGAGAUGGAAAGAGUGCAGGGGAAAGAGCCCUGCCCAGGCGGAGCUGUCCUAUCUGAAUAAAGCGAAGUGGCUGGAAAUGUAUGGGGUAGACAUGCACGUUGUCAGGGGAAGAGAUGGCUGUGAAUAUUCUCUUGGACUGACCCCGACAGGCAUAUUAAUCUUUGAAGGAGCUAACAAAAUAGGCUUAUUCUUUUGGCCUAAAAUUACCAAAAUGGACUUUAAAAAGAGCAAAUUGACACUAGUGGUGGUGGAGGACGAUGAUCAGGGCCGGGAGCAGGAGCACACGUUUGUGUUCCGCCUGGACAGCGCCAAGACCUGCAAGCACCUCUGGAAAUGCGCAGUCGAGCAUCACGCGUUCUUCCGACUGCGCACGCCAGGAAACAGCAAGUCGAACAGAUCAGACUUCAUCAGGCUGGGGUCCCGCUUCAGAUUCAGUGGGCGGACGGAAUAUCAGGCGACUCACGGGGCCCGGUUACGAAGAACCAGCACCUUCGAGAGGAAGCCCAGUAAACGCUACCCAUCCCGGAGACAUUCGACAUUCAAAGCAAGCAACCCGGUGAUAGCUGCUCAGCUCUGCUCUAAAACAAAUCCUGAAGUCCAUAAUUACCAGCCUCAGUAUCAUCCCAAUAUUCACCCCAGCCAGCCACGGUGGCACCCUCACUCUCCAAACGUCAGCUACCCGCUCCCUUCCCCAGGGCUCAGCAGCUCAGACCGGCUACCCUUCGGCAUCGAGGAGAACGGGGGCACGCCAUUCACUACCAAAGCUUCGGGGAGGCACCACCACCACCACCACCACCAGCACCAGCACCAGCACCAGCACCACGCAAACUAUGGCCUCUCGCUGACCCUGGAGAACAAGGAGGGGCCUUUGAGGUCCCCAAACUCCAGCAGUAAAUCCCUUACAAAACUGACUCCAGGAGCACCUGCCCUGUUCAGUGAGGCGGCCACGCAUCUAAAGAAGCUGGAACUGGACACUGUGAAGGCUCCUGGACCCUGGCCUGCUCUGCACAUCAACAUCAAUAAGGUUGAAGAAAAAAAAGUUUCUGAGAAGACUCUUCAGACCCCACUCUUGCCUUCCCCUGUGGCUGAUCACGUGAAGUGUAACAUUUUGAAAGCCCAGUUGGAGAAUGCUUCCCGAGUGAGUGCCCAGGCUGGAAAGGAGGAAUCAACGUUUGUAAAUAUCAAUAAGAAAUCCAGUCUUCAGGACGCUAAUGUAAGAAGUCCUAUUCCUAUACGUGUGGAAACGGCCCAGCCAGCAGUGGAAAAGCCGGAAAUCAAGCCUCCCCGAGUGAGGAAGUUAACAAGGCAAUACAGUUUCAACCGCAGUGAUGAAGACGACCUCCCUCCAGAGCUGGCCGAGGCAGUCGGCGUGACCACCACCACCACCACCACCACCACGGCCGCCGCCACCACGCAGGUCUCGGCACCGCUGGCGUCCCCCAAGGUCCACAAAGUCAGCUCGCCUCAGAAUUCAGAAGGCAAGAGCCCGCUGUCCCCAGGGGCCAAGAUCCGUCUUGCACUGUGCUAUCUUUCUCUCCUUCCCCCUCCCUUAUCUCCUCUUCCUCCUCCCCAUCUCUCACCACCUCCUCCUCCCCUUCUCUCCUCUCCUUGUGAGCAGGCAGAGCCCGCCAGCGCCCCCCACUGUGCCCACUCUCGCUGCUCUCCUCCACUCUCUCUCCCCAUGAAGGAAGAGACCACUGGAGUUUGCAUGCACCCUCCAAUCAAAACGAGGCUGAUAAAAACAUUCCCGGUUGAUCCAGUGACCUCGUUUCCUGAGCCUUUCAUUGCGGGGCCGCAGUUUACCGCAGACUUUAGAGACAGUAAAUUACAGUGCUGCCCUGGCCAGUCUUCCCCGCUGAUCCCAGCCGUGACCCUGAGGCCUUUGACAGAGACCAUCUCCACAGUGCAGACCAUCUACACCACUCGGAAGCCUGUUUCUCUGGCAGCCAGUGCAGAGACGCUCCGGCAGGAACUGGAGAGAGAGAAAAUGAUGAAAAGACUGUUGAUGACCGAACUGUGACUUCUCCCCUCGCUGCCUGGAGGACGGCAUGGUGCCUUCUGUCAUUUUCCUUCUUCGGGCUUUGUGUGCUCACUCUAGCACAACAUGCAAAUGUGUGCUCUGCCUGCCCAGGUCCCCAUGGUUAGUUGAAGCCAACAUCUGGCUUGACUUUUACUGGAAAAGUUAUUUAAUGUCUCCUGAGUAUUAGAGUUUUUCUUCUAUUCAAUGUAGUGGAGACAGGAUUUGUAAGUCUUGGCGGAAAAAAAAAAUGGAAAAAUGGGGAUCCCUUUUCAGAAGUACCUGUGUGUAUUCAUUGAUAACCACAGGGGUUACUAAGGCGCAGAAUCCUUUGCUAUCAAUCUCAAUCAUGUGAUUUUGUAUGAUUGAAACUUACACCAAGCUUUGACUGUUUGCUAAAGAGUCAUUUUUAACGAGAGAAUAAUUCUUUAUUGCUGGUUUUUCAUUUACACUGGUAAAUACACAGAUCUUUUAAAGUCUUUAACAUUCAUUUUUAUUCAGACACGAGCAGGUGAACUAAAAAGGAAAGUUGCAAUCACCAGGACUCGAGGUACUUCAGCUUAAUCUGAAACAUAAUUUCACUUGUGACUUUGUUAAAUACGAUAUUAUUUGGGAUACACAGAAUUUAUGAUUGAACCCAAAGUAGGAAAUUAUAGCUUAAAUUCUAAAAAUCCUUACAAGAUUAAGGUGAUUCAAUAUCAGGAUUCACUGGGGGUGUUCCAUAAAGGAGAAUUAUUUCUAAAGUUGAUCAAUUCCUAUCCUAUUGCUAGAACCUUGACCAGAAGAAACUCUGCUCUCUUUUUGUAAGUUUCCAGAAAUGUGUUUUUAAAUUUUUAUUAUGCACUUGAACAACUUUGCAGGAAUAAAGGAACCCCCUAGCCACAAACUAGCCCUCCAAAUUGUUUCCCAAGCUUUCUCAAUGAAUAUGCACACCUUUUUUACAGUGGUAUAAUCGGUGUGUACACACUCUUUGGUUGUACUUCUCCGCCUAACACAUAACUUCUCUUUUCAAUACAGAUCCUGCUCUCACCCAUUUAAAUGUCUUUAUAUCCUUAUAACAUGGUUAACCUCACUGCUCCCCAUUAUUAGAUAUUUGAGUUAUAUCCAAGUUUUCACUCUUAUAAAUAGUGCUGCUAUGAAUGUCUUUGUAAAAAUAUUACCCUUCCUUUGGAUUCUCCCCCCUGGGAAUAUCUCCAAAGAGGGAUUGUGAGGUCAAAGAGCAUGAAGUAUUGUAUAACUCUUACUUUAUUGCCAGAUUGCUUUCUAGAAAGAUCCAAUCUUUGGGUUGGAAGGACCGUAAAGGUCAACCCCCUCGAUCCCCUCUGAAUGCUUGAACUCCUACAAUUUAUGAUGCCACCAGCAAUGUAUAAGCAUUUCUAUUUACCAAUAGCUCUGCCAGUAUUGGGUUUUGCCAUUUUAAUUUAUUUUUGCUUGUUUAAUAGGUGUGUACAGUUGUCCUUGAAAGGUUGUUUUAUUUCAUUAAUUGCUAGCAAGGCCGAGCACUUUUCCAUGUGAUGAUUUACUAGCUAUAUUUCCUUGUGUGUAAAAUGUCCAUCCAUUUCUUAAGACCGCUUGUUAAGUGGAACUGAUCUCAUAUAUUUGUAUCAGAACUGUAUUUUUAUGUUGUGUUGUAUGGUUUGCUCUCCUGUCCCUGUACUUAAAACUGAAUGGUGCCAAUAAUUUGAUACUAAUGAUUAUUUAAAAAGAGCAAUGCCUCAUUUACUAACAUUGUUGUAAAAGGAGGCAUGUAAGCAAAUAUUCAGAUCACAGAGGAUUAACCCCUGAAGUGCUGAAUCUUUAAAAUAUUAAUAUUUUUUGAGGGAAAUCUUUCUAAGCUGUAUUACACACUUCCCUGCCUUAGUAAACAGAGUGUACCGGAGAGUAUUUCACCUUUCCUUGAUGAGUCAUGGUCAUCAUUGUAAACAUCAGCCCCUUUUGGACUUGGCGUGGUGCAGUAAUGUCAUUAGAAGCUAUCAGAACGUGUGGGGCUUGGCUUUGCCUUUCACAGGCUGUUGUGCUCAUCUCAUUGAUGGCUUCUACUGCUGUCUGCUCUGCUGGUGAAGCCAUCUGGGGCAAUUGGGGUAUUUGGGACCUUUUAAUCCCUGUACUACAUGACCCCUGGCUGUACCUUUAAAACAGCUUUCGCCGUUCUUUAUCUCGUGCACACGAUGAUGCCAAAUGUGUUUCUGUACAAUAUGGGGAGCUCUCUGUGUCUGGGCUCGUCAGCUCUUGCCAAUCCAGCACCUAACCUGUUCGCUUUCUGAGUCUUCUGCUCUUCACCUCCUGCUCUCUGAUGGGAACCUCCAGGGCAAAACAGGAAGUUCUCUUGCGGAGGCCAGGAACCCCCGUGUCACAUGGUGUCAGGUUGGCUCUGCCGUUGCGGAGGAAUGCAUGGGCUUUCCGGCCGCUGUUUUCAGGAGCCUCUGAGUCUCCUGCUUCUUCCUCUCCGCGUCCCCCUGGGUUCACAGAUGUUUCAGAAGGUGGAUGUCACAGAUGUCUCAGAAGUCUGGUCACAAACUCGUUGGCUACUACUGUGUAUGAAAACCCAGUACCUUUGGCAGCUCAACUCUAAUCAGUAAAAUCAAGAGGAUUCCAUUGUUUCA